UUAAGCUAAGUUGGCACACGCAGCUAGCAUGUGUAGCUAGCGGUUAAUGAAGCGAACAUCUGCGGUGUUGUGUUAACGGUCAGCUGGAGGUGCAGGGUGAUGAGACACUCGAGCAUUUGAACGUUACAUCAUCACCGCAUUCAGCUUAAACCGCGUUCAUAAACGUUCUGCUUCGUCACGAUAAUAAACCACAGCUAGCAAAACGCUAUAGGUUCAUCACAUGACCAGAACUGAUGCAAAUAUCGACUUAUCCGACCUCUAGCUGCCGUUUUAUAAAAGAUGGUGUAAGGGUGACAAGCAAUGGCUGACUUUUAAUGCCGAACUUGUAUUAAUAUAAAUAAUGAAACUUGUGUCAACAUUAAAAGACUGGAAAUAAAAUGUGUCGCCCGCUAAGUUGUAAAUAGCUAUUAAAUGUUUAUACUGCAGCAAAAAUUGUUUACGUUUAUUAAUGUAACAAUUAAAAAACAGCGUGGCGGUCAGUCAUUAAUGCAAAAGAAGUAUACAUUAAAAUAAAUGUUGCAAUAACAAGAUUUUACUGUAUAUUAUCUUAAUCGUAAAAGGCUUUAACAGUUGUAUAUACUGUCAACUUCAACGUUUAUUUGUCUGAUGAAUAAUAUAUAUUUUGACAACAAAGCAAACUAAAACUUUGUUGCGUUCAGUUGUAGCAGGAAAACUACGACAUAGAUAUAACAUUUUUCAAAAUAAAAUACAGGAUCAGGGGUCCAUAAUGAACGGGCAAUUAGUAAAUAUAAAAACGUUUUUAAACAAAGGCAAAAAAGAGAGCUUGGUAAAAUGUCUACUGAAAUGGCGAUAUGAUUUGUCUUAAAGUAGGCUACACCUCCGAUUAUGCACACAUUUUAUAGGUUGAGUGACUAGAUAAAAAUUUCAUUUUACUAUAGUACAAAAUAAAGGGUUACGUACGGUAAUGACAAAAAACUGAAAAAAAUGCUUAAGCCCCUAUUGCAGAAAUGCUUCCAAAAUACACAUUUAUGUUUUUGUGCAGUGAAUAUUUCUUUAAUAAGUAUAUUUUAUACGCAUAACUCUGCAAGAACACGACUUUUAUUGUAAACAAGCACAACAUAUUUAUUUAAAUUUAAAAACAACACAGAUGCUAUUACAUCAUUACACAUAAAUGCUGCUGGAAGUGGUGUUGAUAGUGUAACAGGGUCCAUCUUUUUACGUCUCAUUUCUCCCAUUGGCCACAAAUGCAGCAUAGAAUGCCUUUCUGUAGUUGGAAAAUGUGUAGCCAAUCACAAACCCCGGAGACAGUAAACCCCUCCCAUUUCUCCCACCAACGUGUUGGAGUUGGCCAAAGUUCUACUACAGUUCCUGGAGUCAAAAAGCACGUUGCUUUGACAGAAGGAGAAAGCCGCUGGUCGUUUAGUCAUCUGGUGAGAUUUCUGACAUCAUGCCAACACCAAGUGAAAACACACUCUUUGGGAUGGGAAACCCCUUGCUUGACAUUUCAGCUGUUGUGGACAAAGACUUCCUUGACAAGUUCGGGCUGAAGCCAAAUGACCAGAUCCUCGCUGAGAACAAACACAAAGCCUUAUUUGAAGAAAUUGCCAAGAGGAACAAGGUUGAGUACCACGCCGGUGGUUCUACCCAGAACUCAGUGAAAAUUGCUCAGGUUAGUCUUUUUGGCUGACUGCAGUGUGCCUGGAUGUGUUGUGAAUAUACAGUGGUGCGCCUGUAACCUUAGAUUUGUCUGCCUGGCAGCUCUGGGAAUACACAGCAAAGCUGCACGGCACAUUGACACAUUACAGUCCGAGCUGCUGUGAAUUCAUCAGACCUGCCGCGGAAAGGAGAAAGGCGGGGAGGAUUAAUAACAUCUACAGUGUUAUCUAGUUGGCCUAAUUUCCUGAGACAUAUCAAGCAUCAAUUAGAGAGAAUUACAAGUAGAUGCAAUUAACAUGUCACAACAAAUUAUAUCCAACAAACGCUGAUCUCCUCUCUGGCUGUUAGACAGAUUUGAGCAUCUGAAGGAAAACUGGCGAUUGUUCAAAUCUAAACUGACAAUCUGAACUUUAGAAGAUUAUUUACUAAUUCCUUUUUUUCCCCCUUUUUUAAAGUGACUGCAGCGAGUCUUUGAAUUUGACGUGCGGUGAUUAGCGGCUGAUAAGACUUCGAUCUGUUCACAAUAAACAAAGAAAAAGCAUCCAGCUGAAAAAUAAUUCUCUUCCAAGGAGGGGAAAUGAGUGCAGAAGCUAAUUGAGAGGCUGAUGUCUGUGGAAGCAGCAAGUCUUUCUUGUGUGUGUGUUUUUGAACGUGUGUAGAUUUUGUACAUAUACUCACGAGUGUGUUUGUGUGUAUUUAUCAAAAGAUAGAUGCCGAGCUGGGGAAAAGAAAGUAGGCAGGCCCUGAGGCAGUCACCAUCUCUGUGCUUAAGAGACAGUAAACAUCCUUUAAAGAGAAACGCGUAGCUGUGCACCUCCAUACAAACACUCUUUAAUUAUCAAGAUCAUAAGCGCUUGCAUAAAACUCCGUCUCUUACAGACAUUAGCUGUCAGCUGGGUUUUAUUCUCUGGGCAGCAGCUCCUCCUUUCUUUUUGAAUUCAGUGUGCUGGAUGCAGUUAAAGCUCCAUUUUCUUCUUUUCAAGCUUUAGAGAUGCAAAAAAUUUCAACAGGAGGCUACAUCCUAAUCUCUCCUUAUAAACAUGGCUACAAUAAAGGCAUAUGCGUUUAUUCAGUUUGAUGAAAUAAGUGCUGACGAUGAUUUUCCAUAUUUUAUUUAAGAGGACACUGUUAGAAAUUUGCCCUAAGCUGCAAAUCAGCUCCCUGGUGAAAUUAGAUGGCUAAAGAGAUUUUCAUCGCUGGCCCCCUCGCUGGAAGCUGGAGCCGUCAUGGCCUCUUCUUCUCCUCUGUGCCCUGAGAGAAGCGUUCAGCUGACUAAAUUGGUCUCAUAUCGGCAUAGAGGGCCCUUGUCAGAUGUUAUUCUACUCUGUUUAUUUGGAUAUUUACCCCCUUCUGAGUAAAGAUGUAGAGCUGAUUCUGAAAUGCUCGAGAUAACAAGAGUGUUUUCGUCCCACACCCCGAAGUCCCAGAAACAGUUUGUGUCAAUAUAUACCUUCAAGCGCUGACUUUUCCGCAUUUCACUUUCAGUUUACGGUGUUCUUUUAUGGAGGGGGAAAAAAUGUUUAAUGCAUAACUGGCUCCCGGAUUAUCACAUUGUAGCACCUGCAAUAUGUGAAACUUCAAACCCGGCUGUAUUGUGGAAGCUUGAACCUUCAAACACAAAUGAUAUGCACCACAGCACUGAAUCCACAUCAAAGGGACCCCGGCAACUAAAUGAGAUGCUCGAUCCAGGGCAGGUUUGCUCGCCAUCGCCGCUGCAUGGAGGGAGAGAGGUGUUCAGAGGCUUUGCGCAGGAAUCGCUGGGAAAAACCCAAGGUGUGGGAGGAUCAAUGUGUUCGCUGGUAGAACUCACACUUCCCUCCGAAACCCAGACGUCUGUGAUAGGUUAAACGCCUUCGCUUCAUGCAAGGUUUUGCACACUAUCAAGGAAAAUUUCCACCUUGGCUCUAGGUAGAAGCGGAAUCGAUGGUAACUGGAUUUAGUCAAAUGAGAAUUGACUAAGAAGAAGCUUGGAUGGUUAAAUUUUGCUUCCUUUUAACCACCGUCCCCACCUUUGAUUGGAGCUGUUAGCUGGGUCAAUCCCAGUUUUUCUUGUCCUCAAAGGGACAAAGUAGGGGUCUCAAAUUUGUACUUCCUUAGCUGCACUCAAGUGCUCCUGACCAAACCGUAGAUCUGUUUGGAUCAUGUCCGUAAACCCACGAGCAUGUAUGCAGGGAUAAAAAAGGGUUUCUAUGGUAUAAGUGGGUUGGAGGUUGCUGCCUGUGCCCUGGCUCUAACAAACACCACACCCUGAAGGGGCGUCCAACAUAAAGGCUUACUUACUGGAUGUUGCAGGGGCUGUAAGGUAACAAAAACCAGCCCCUCACACAUCAAAGAGCUUCUGCUCAGAUAAGGCUGAGCGGAAAACAACAAUUAUAAAUAUAUUAUCUCAGUUAUUUGCAAACUUGAAGAGACCGGAAUGGUGGGAAAAAGCGUCUUUUCUUAGGAUGUGAUGCAGAAUUUACUGAGUGGUGUUUAUCACAGGUGGCAGAAUUGGUGGGGGGAGUCGGUUUACUGGAGGGCUGUAUCAAGAAGCACAGUCAAUUCAUUUGGACAGAACAUCAAAGUCCUCCAACAGCUCCUGAGGGCCCAGAGAUUGAAGUCUGUGCAGAGACAGGCUCAUAGGGAGUUAUUGCUGCUGUAAGAGAAGUGGAUCCUGCCCUGGCCGCUUCGUGUAAACCGCUCGUGCUCAUUAGGCUCCCCACAAAUCAACAUCAUUGACGUAUUGUGUUUCUUUGCAUCGUAAGCAGCCAUU